GCGAAUCCGUGGUUAAUCGCGAUUCAUACAAAUCCCAUCUUUACUCCUGGUUUUUGAAUAUUGUUCGGACAUGCUAUGGGAUGAAGCUUUCAUCACCAACGCUUUGGACGUUCCUAUUCAAGAGGUUAUCCCGUUCGAUCCGCCAGUUUCCGUAAAGUAUGUUACGGAUCGCGAGCAUAACCUGUGGUCCAAGGUGAUCAAUCUGGAAUUAUGUGAUAGGCAAAGUCUUUCCUCCCUCAUGGCCAACGUAGGCUUUAUUCGCGAGCUCUCUUUCACUCACUUAAUUCCUGAAGUGAAGAAGGGGUUGCUUGGCCCACCGGCAGAUGCAUUCCUUAGUUUCCCCACGAGCAUUAAAUUGGAGCAGUGUUUUAUGACUAUUUCUCAUCCUUUGAGCACAUAUGGCUCUGCCUAUGAUGUGAUGCGCCGCAUCGGUUCUGAAGGUCUGACUGAAAAGCUUGUUGCUGCCAUUAUCGCUCGGACAUUAUUGUGCGUCGAGCGGUUGCAUGCCCAAGGUGUCAUGCAUCGCGGCUUGUGUGCCGGUCAUUUGUUGUUAGUUCACAAUGAAUCCUCCUCGAGCAAUAUUCAGGUCCGGCUCUGUGGACUUGGAAGUCUCGCUCAGUCUCUCUCGUCGCACUUCAAAGUGGCUCGGAAUGAUCUACCACAGAUUCACUUUUCGUGGCGCGGGUGGAAUGUGCAACGUAGCCCUAAUGGAAAUUUGCUCUAUGGUCAUCCAGUUGCUUGGUACAGUCCAGAGAUGAUAGCACAAGACUUUAACGGCUAUUCCUUACCUUCUGACGUUUACAGUCUUGGCUUGACCAUAGCCGAAUUGUUUACUGGUCGCGUGCCCUUCGCAGGCUUAAAACCAACUGUGAUUGCUCUGAAGAAACUUUCUGAACAAGAAGUACCAGAUUUGAAUUUGGUGAGCUCUAUUUCAUUUGAUACACAGUCUUUCACAUAAAGUAAUCAAUACUUUGAAUAGAUUGUUCGCAGCCCAACGUUACUGGGCUUAAUGCACCCACCUUCUUUGGCCUCCGUUGUCUAACGUUGCAGCUAAUUUGUCUGCCGCCUGUAUCGAGCAUUGGUAUCAACUGGACACAAACGAAAAGCCUCCAAGCCAGGGAAUGCGAGAUGUAUACGCCGCGUGCACUCAUUUUGAACCCAGCAAGAGGCCAUCGGCGAAACAGCUCCUCCAAAUGCCUUGGAUUGAGUGGGGUCUUCGGAUGUCGCUCGAGCCAUCCGAUCUGGACCCAUGUAACACAAGUGCAUGAUGUGACGAUCGUCUUUUAUUUACAACUCGAAAUCAAUGCAUAUGUACAGCGGUAUCCGAAUUGCGCUCGCCGCAGCCGCCUUCACGUUUCCUUUACCUGGAACCCAUUCGGAUACUGUUUCUUGAAUCGUUCCACCACAGUGGGGUCGACGAGGUACGUGCCGUCCAAUUGAUUGCCCAAUGUGAUCCUGAAAUGCGCAAACGACAUUUGCAAACGUUACUGCCAUCCUGACAUCAGCGGCUAAUGUGCAACCAGCUUAGUUUGAAACUGUACUUAAAACUUACCCG